UAGUAGAGAGUGACAAGAGCAGAUAUGCAGUCACUAGAGCAGCACUCAAGCCAAGCCUGACGGUAAUCCUGGCCACACUGAGCUACGCCUUGCCAAGUCUGGAGAAAAACUGGCAAGAGGUCACAUUUAGGACUGUAUCUGGGUCUUGCAAAGCUCCAGAUGCCAUUUACAGAAGUGAACGUGAGUGAUAAGAGUGGAGCAAGUGACCAGAGAGUUGGUGCGAGGAAGAAACCAUUUCCUUUUGUUUGUUCAAGUCACUCUGAAGUGCCUUGUUUGCUGCAGUUACCAGCUCUAGAAAACUAGUACAGUGUGUUCAAAGUGUAUGGGAAAGUUGGCUGUCAGCUGCAACAGGUAUUUUGCCAUUUUGGUAGAACUGUAUCUUGAUUUAUAGGAAAAAGAAAUCACAGAACUUUAACUGAAUUCGCAACAAUUGGCAUUCUAACAACCGUAAGACAGGAUGGCAAACUCAGGAUUUCAGCUCCUGGGCUACUUCUUGGCGCUGGGUGGAUGGAUUGGCAUCAUCUCGACUACGGUGCUUCCCCAGUGGAAGCAGUCAUCCUAUGCAGGUGACGCUAUCAUCAUGGCAGUGGGGUUGUACGAGGGUCUGUGGAUGUCCUGUGCAUCACAGAGUACAGGACAGGUGCAGUGCAAGAUCUUUGACUCGUUGCUUUCACUUGACUUCCACAUCCAGACCUGCCGAGCCCUGAUGGUAAUAUCUGUGCUGAUGGGCUUUAUUGGCAUUAUCGUAAGUGUGGUUGGCAUGAAAUGCACAAGAGUGGGUGACAAUAACCCAUCCACCAAAAGCAAGAUUGCUGUGGCUGGAGGGGGACUCUUUCUACUUGCAGGUGUCUGCACGCUGGUAUCUGUAUCUUGGUACGCUGCACAGGUCUCCUACCACUUCUUUGAUCCAAACACACCUGCAAAUGCCAAGUAUGAAUUUGGCUCCGCCCUGUUUGUGGGGUGGGCGGCGGCCUGCUUGACGAUGCUGGGUGGCUCUUUCCUCUGCUGCUCCUGUCUAAACGAGGAUCAAAGGGGGCAGCAGUAUUACCGGCAAUCACAACCGUCUUCUGGAAGGGAGGCUGAGUUAAUGAGUGAGACUAGUUUCCCUGACUGACCAAACCUCCCCGAGUUUAUUCGAGGACUGGUCAAGCUUCACUCUCUGCACUCUCUGUUUCCCCUUCACCUCUACCUAGACUUUAAAUCUGGACCCUUGCCUCUGUGUAUCGUCCUUGUUUUGUAAUGUGAUCGAUUAGAAUCUGAUUGAUAAAUGUGGGUUGAAAUGUUGUUACCCUGUAAUUGUUGUGUGGUUGGCUUCUCCCGUGUCUUUGUAAACACCUACUCAUGGCAUGCGUUGUCUGUAAACAUAAAAGUGAAUGCCCCAUGUUUCACAUUUUUUUGUAUCCAAUGCAAUAAUGACCUGGUGGAUGUUCUGAAAUCUUAGAUGCCACCUUUAUGAGAAAACUGUAUGCAUACUCAAAUGUGUUCUUUUCUUUUAAAUUGCAGAGCAAAUGUUAAAAGUUCUCCACCAGACAAAGGGGAGCAGUUCUUGUAGUUUGGGAGAGGGCAACUUCGUUGGUCUCACGCUGGGUUAGAUUUUGGCAUCUGACAAGACAUUCUUGGUAAUAAAUAAGAAAAUAAAUCCACAAAUUAAAAAUGAUUACUAAUAUAAACCCCUUGAUAUAUUUUGUUCCAAACAUUGUUCUCUAAAUUUGUUGUAAAUGCUUCUGAACUGGAUUCGUUAAAAAAAAUAUAUAUAUCCAAAUAAAUCCAUGAUUUAGUGUACAGUCCUAGUAUUGAUUUAUCUAAUCAGAAAAUCACCAGAUAGCCAAACAGAUGAAGUGUAAUAUGAAAUAAAUAGUUUAGUCUAUAAAAAGUUACUUUUUAGACCUCACACAUCUCUCACAUUCAUGACACUUGAUUCAGGGUACGUAAUGAUGCAUUUGAUCAAUUAUGCAAAUCUACAUUGUUGUUGUGUAGCAUAAUACCAUUAUAUAUCCUAGUUUUUGACUUACUUACAUUGUCUCCUUUUUUGCUAAUUUGCCAAGCUACAAAUGUAACUGCAUGUCCUACAGCCUAGCCUUUAAUGUAAACUCAAACUGUAAUGUCUUUUUUACUGCAUUAUUUUAAUUGUAAAGAAACGAUAUACACUUUUGUUGCUUUUGUUUCAAUUUGCCUGAUGUUUCCGAUAAACAGUACAUUCCGUAAUUAGACCAACAUUUAGAAUAAAAGCUCGGUGCUAUUGCAUUACUGCAUUACAUUUUUCCCCUCAUAAAACAUGUAGUGCAAAAAUGAUGUGUCUUGAUGAAUGAAGAUUCCAGACUCGGUCCGGAGUUCUAUUCAACUCGCAUUGAAAAGCACUAACCUGAUUUGUUUUGAGGACAUUAUGACAGUAAUGGCCAGUUUUAGCUUGUAAUCAAGAAUACUUUAGUUCUGUAUAUUUUCCAUCAAUGAUGUCUUCUAAUAUUGUAGUAUGUAUGAUUGUUUUUCUGUUUUGAAAUAAAUAAAAUGCAAUAGUAA